AUGUUAAAUUCACCAGAAAAGACAAGGGCAGACAGCAUCGAGGCUGCCGAGCCCAGUCUUCCGCCCACGAUUGCUUCCUCCACUAACACCGUGGCCGGCGUGAAGCGACCUGCUGCCACACUUCUUCCCGCGUUCGAACCUCUGUCCUCCUCCCCUGGCCUACCUCGUCCCUCGAAGAGACAGUCUAUUGGUGACAGAUGUUUUGGCUCCAACAUUCACAAAUAUCCUACACCCGUACCGACCUCUAGCACCGGCAUCCUAUCAUCGUCUCCUCCACGCGUCUCAAGACCAGCCUUGGCACGCCCCCAGUCUACCGUGUCAGAGCGUGCUCCCCUAUCCGCAGUUCCCAGGUUGGAACUGAACGAGAAUGGCGAGGAGAUUCUUAUGGGCCGGUCGAGCAACUCGUCUCACUAUCAGCUCUCUGCCAAUCGCCUCAUAUCGCGUGUCCACGUCCGGGCGCGUUAUAUCCCCGCUACCACCCCACUCGAGCCGAACAGAGUAGAGAUCAAGUGUACUGGAUGGAACGGAUUGAAGCUGCACUGCCAAGGAAAGACGUGGGAUCUGCGAAAGGACGAUACGUUCACGUCGGAGACCGAGGAUGCUGAGAUGAUGGUGGAUGUUCAAAACGCGCGUGUCAUGCUGCAGUGGCCCAAGAUCGACCGCCACGAGUCUGUUGCCAACCUAUCAGACUCCUCGUGGGAAGAUUCACCACGAUCUCGACCCAUCCGUAACGCGGAAUUGCUUCAUUUGAGCCCACUUCGUCGACAAACGCGUAUCCAAUCGCCUGAAUCACCAACGCCAGGUCUCAAGUCUGCCUCUGCCUCUGCCUCAGGCUCGUCGGCAAGCUUGAACGCCAUCUUGUCCACCCAUGAAGCUGAUGAUCAUGUUCAGAUCUACGAGGACCCAGAGGAGGAUAACGAGCCAGAGCUACCCGCGCCACACCAUGACGUCGAUGUUUCGUUCGCCCCCACGGAAAUGACUAACAGCUUUUCGAGUGACUUGAGCGACCCAGAAGACGAGAAUGACCCUGAUGAGGAGAACGAUCCAAUCGUGCACUCUUUCGGCCCUUUCGGUGCCAACCUCUCCAAUCGUAUGGCAGCGUUCACUACGUCUCCCCGUCAACCAACAUUCAUGAUGCCGCCUAUCCCCGAGCCAGAAGAAACACCUCUACCCGAACACCUCAACGUGUCAGCUAUUACCAACCAUGUCGUGAACCAACUCGCAUACUCCCGCCUGUCUUCCAACCCCUUGUCUGGUAUCAUGAACAACCUGCCGACCGAGGAGAAAAGAGACUUGACCAAGAGACAUCUGCGAAGGAUCAUCGAGUCAACUGACUGCAUCGGCAUCAUUACGCGACAUGGAAAAGACGCUGCAGGCAAGCCACUCGAGAGCGAGUACUACUAUGUCCCUGAGAAGGACAGUGAUGACUCGCGACGUCUGGCCGUGACUGACGGAUUGAGAAAACCAAGCUUGCGAGCUUGUAGAAAACAGCACAAGCAAUACUUCUGGAAACGGCCCAAGACGCCUUGA